CACCGCGCCGGUUACUGCGCCUUCUACGGCGACUGCGGCCGCAACCCGGAGGGGAACGUCUCGCUGGUGAGCUCCAACGUGCCCUGCCUCAGCAACACGCCGGCCCGGGUGGCCACGGGGCCGCUGCUGUCACUGCUCCGCACCGUCUGCCCCGAGUUGGCGCGAGGGGACAACGAGACGACGCGGGUUUGCUGCUCCUUGAAACAACUCACCGCCCUCCAGCUCAGCGUGGCGCUCUCCGGCACCGUCCUUGCCCGCUGCCCGGCGUGCGCCCGGAAUUUCGCCAACCUCUACUGCAACAACAUCUGCAGCCCCGACCAGAGCCUCUUCACCAACGUCACCCGCAUCGUCAACCGCACCACCCCGCUGGGGACGCCCCAGCUCGCCGUCGUUGAGUACCAAUGUUUUUACGGGCAGGAUUUCGCCGACGCCUCUUUCGCUUCUUGCCGGGGCGUGCGGUUACCGGCUACCGGCGGUUACGCCAUCGACACCAUGUGCGGGCGCUACGGCGCCCGGCUCUGCACCACCCAGCGCUGGUUGGAUUUCCAAGGGGAUAAAAACAACGGUUUGGCGCCGCUGCAGAUCGAUUUCCAGCUCAUGCCCAACGGCACCCGGCCCGGCGACGCCAUCGUGCCGCUCAACGGACGGGCUUGCUCCCCGCUCUCCUUCAAGGACAUCACGGCGCUGGAGCUGAGCUGCAUGGCCGAGUACGGUGGCCCCGUCUUCCCCUACAUCGCCUUCGGCGGUUACCCGGGCUCCGAGUACACGGAGGCGGAGGCGCUGAUCGUCACCUACUCCCUCAACAACUUCCCCCGCGACGAUCCCCGCCACGAAUGGGCCCUCAGUUGGGAGAGCCGCUUCCUGGAGGUGGUGGGCGACUUCCAGCGCACCCACGGCCCCAACCUCUCCGUCACCUUCAUGGCCGAGCGCUCGUUGGAGGAUGAGAUCAACCGUACCACCGGGGAGGACAUCCCCGUCUUCGCCGUCAGCUACUUGGUGGUCUUCGCCUACAUCGCCCUGGCGCUGGGCGAGUACACGGCGUGGCGCCGCGUCCUGGUGGAGUCGAAGGGGACGUUGGGGCUGGGGGGCAUCGCGGUGGUGCUGGGGGCCGUCUUCGCCUCCAUGGGGUUCCUGGCGCUGCUGGGGCUGCCUUCGUCCCUCAUCAUCCUCGAGGUCGUGCCCUUCCUCGUCCUCGCCGUGGGGGCAGACAACAUCUUCAUCUUCGUGCAGGAGUACCAG